AUGGAUCGCUAUCAACAAGCCGGUCAACCUUCUUUUUCAACCAAAGUGGAAAGAAAGGUUGUUGAGAAAAAUAGAAGAAAUAAGAUGAAGAUUCUCUUUUCACACCUCAACUCUCUUUGCCCUAACUAUAAUUCCAAGGAAGCUUUACCAUUACCUGAUCAACUAGACGAUGCUAUAAACUACAUUAAGAGUUUAGAGACAAAUUUGAAGCUGGGGAAGGAGAAGAAAGAAAGAUUAAUGAGAAACAAGAGAUCGCGUAGUGGCUGCUUGAAUUCUUCUGGAGGAAAUGGAAGCAUAAAAUCACCAAAAAUAGAGAUUCAUGAAAAUGGUUCUUCUCUACAAGUUAUUGUAACAUGUGGGGUUGAUGAACAGUUUAUUUUCUAUGAAAUUAUAAGAAUACUGCAUGAAGAAUACGUGGAGGUUAUCUCUGCAAAUUCUUCAUUGGUUGGAGAUUCGGUUAUUCAUGUUGUGCAUGCAGAGAAUCCACAAUCUUUGUUUCAAUUUGGAGCGACCAAAGUAGGCGAGAGAUUGAAAAGGUAUGUGAAUGGAUCUGUGGGAGAGGUGCAAAUAGUACUGCCUCAAUUAUGGGAUUUUGAAGUUGGAACUGAGAGUUGGGAUCUAAAUUCUAUAGUAAACAAGUGUUUACGAAAUUCUUAAUGAAGAAGAAGAGAUACAGCAAA